UGAAACCGUGUAGCGUUCGUUUCUUCUUCUUCUUCUUCUUCCCCACCGUUUCUUCUUCGAACUGCGACCACUUCAAGUUCAAACUCCAACAAACACGCCAUUUUUACUCUAUAUAUUCAUCUUCCAACCAAAAGACCGAACAAAUUCUUACUAAGGAUCAUAGAGAAUGUUACAGUCGUGUUACAGGCCACUUGAAGUCUGUUUUGGCGGUGGCGGUGGACGUGGAACCGAUGAUCUACUAUGGCACAUGGAUUUGAAGCCUCACGCUUACGGUGACUAUUCAAUUGCGGUUGUUCAAGCAAAUUCGUCACUUGAAGAUCAGGGUCAAGUCUUUACUUCUCCUUCCGCCACCUAUGUUGGUGUUUACGAUGGCCAUGGCGGUCCCGAAGCUUCUCGCUUUAUCACUACCCAUCUGUUCUCAUACCUUCAUAAGUAUACAUCAGAACAUGGAGGAUUGUCGGCAGCUGUGAUAAGGAAGGCAUUUGUUGCUACAGAAGAGGAGUUUUUGAGAAUUGUAGAACAAUCAUGGAGAGUUAAUCCUCAGAUUGCUUCGGCUGGUUCUUGUUGUCUUGUUGGAGCCAUUGCUAAAGAUGUUUUGUAUGUAGCCAAUCUAGGUGACUCAAGAGUGGUGCUUGGUCGCAGAUCAGAAGGAAGGAGAAGUAAUCACUCCGUAGGGGUAGUGGCUGAACGUUUAACGAGGGAUCAUAAUGUUGCGGUUGAGGAAGUAAGGAAGGAAGUAGAAGCACUUCAUCCUGAUGAUUCUCAUAUAGUGAUGUACACUCAUGGAGUUUGGCGAAUCAAGGGGAUAAUUCAGGUAUCAAGGUCAAUUGGAGAUGUCUACUUGAAGAAGCCCGAGCUUAGCAGGGAUCCUCAUUUCUGGCAAAUUGGUUUACCUAUUUACCUAAAAAAGCCUGUGCUUUCAUCAGAGCCAUCGAUAUUGUCUAGAAAGCUUAGGCCACAAGAUGCUUUCCUGAUAUUUGCGUCUGAUGGCCUGUGGGAGCAACUCAGUGAUCAAGUGGCUGUUGAAAUUGUCAUGAAAAACCCGAGAGUUGGAAUUGCAAAGCGAUUGGUUAGAGCUGCGAUUGAGGAGGCGGCGAAGAAGAGGGAAAUGAGUUACGAAGAAAUAAUGAGAAUUGAGAAGGGAAGAAGGCGGAAUUACCAUGACGAUAUAACCGUGAUUGUGCUAUAUCUAGAUCAAAGAAGCCCUACCGGAGAAGGCGCAACCGAUUGUACUAGCUUACCAGUUGAUAUUUUCUCCCUUCAUACAGAUGAAGCAGACAAUACCCCUCUGUUUUCUUCUCAUUAAGCAGUUUAUUACAUUUUUGUUACCUGAGUUUGCUUGUUUGUAUAUAUAAAAAUGAUGUAUGUUUCUAUAAAGCAACACUUAAAAUGAAAAUUUUCCAAUAAAUUACUGUGAAGAGGAAGAGAAGUUACAUACAUACAUAUAUGGUAUCAAAUUUCUAUUGUGAAAUGUUAUAUGUUAAAAAUUAUUUGUUUUAUUUUUGUUCUGAAAUUUGGAUUUUGGACAUGUCAAUCUGAAUGAGAUAUGUACGAUGUUUUUUUGUC